CGGUCGCCCGGUCGCCCGGCAGCCAGGCAGCGCCGCGGGGACGUGCCCGCGUCCAGGGAUCGGGAUGUUCCUCCUCCCCUUCUUGCUAGUUUCCUACUAUGCUGGAACACUGGGAACUCACACUGAGAUCAAGAGAGUGGCAGAGGAAAAGGUUACUUUGCCCUGUCACCAUCAGCUGGGGCUUCCAGAAAAAGACACCCUGGAUAUUGAAUGGCUGCUCACUGAUAAUGAAGGGAACCAAAAAGUGGUGAUUACUUACUCCAGUCGCCAUGUCUACAAUAACUUGACUGAGGAACAGAAAGGCCGAGUGGCCUUUGCUUCCAAUUUCCUGGCAGGAGACGCCUCCCUGCAGAUUGAGCCUCUGAAGCCCAGUGAUGAGGGCCGAUACACCUGCAAAGUGAAAAACUCAGGACGCUACGUGUGGAGCCAUGUCAUCUUAAAAGUCUUAGUGAGACCAUCCAAGCCCAGAUGUGAAUUGGAAGGUGAGCUGACAGAAGGAAGUGACCUGACUCUACAGUGUGAGUCAUCUUCUGGCACUAAGCCCAUAGUGUACCACUGGCAGAGAGUCCGGGAAAAGGAGGGAGAGGACGAACAUUUGCCUCCCAAAUCCAGGAUUGACUACAACAACCCUGGCCGUGUUCUGCUGCAGAACCUCACAAUGUCCUACUCUGGGCUCUACCAGUGCACUGCAGGCAAUGAGGCUGGGAAGGAAAGCUGUGUGGUACGAGUGACUGUGCAGUAUGUGCACAGCAUCGGCAUGGUUGCAGGAGCAGUGACGGGCAUAGUGGCUGGAGCCCUGCUCAUCUUCCUCUUAAUAUGGCUGCUAAUCCGGAGGAAGGACAAAGAGAGAUAUGAGGAAGAAGACAGACCUAACGAAAUUCGAGAAGAUGCCGAAGCUCCCAAAGCCCGCCUUGUGAAGGCCAGCUCCUCUUCCUCAGGUUCUCAGAGCUCACGCUCCGGUUCCUCCUCCACACGCUCCACUGCGAACAGUGCCUCACGCAGCCAGCGGACACUGUCCACGGAAGCAGCACCCCAGCCAGGGCUAGCCCCCCAGGCCUACAGCCUCAUGGGGCCAGAAGCAAGAGGUUCUGAACCAAAGAAAGCCCACCAUGCUACCCUGACCAAAGCAGAAACCACGCUCAGCACGAUUCCCAGCCAGAGCAGAGCCUUCCAAACUGUCUGAAUCCAAGUGGACUUGACCUGUGCUUUUCUAGGAGUCAGGGUCUCAGGACUCUUCUAGUCAUUGGAGCUCACUCACCAGCCACACAACUCCCUCAGCCAGCUAAGAGGUCAUUUAAGUAGCAGUGAACAUCACAUGGAACGGGUUGAUGAGCACUUUCCCUAUGGGGCACCAAAUAAACAAAAGGAUAUAAGCUGAUCAUCUCAUUGUGCAGUUAGACCAGAGUGUGGGGUGGGGGAUCAUUUGCUGACCAGGACUUGUGGGGAGAAUAUUAAGGAAAGGUGAGAUUGAAUAACUAAAACCAUCUCACCUAGGAUGUUUUGAAUCAAUGUUUCAAGUCAUCAUUGUCAAGAAGAAAUGGGACCAUGUUCGUAAAUUUUCUAUUCAUUUCUAUAAACUUAUUGGAUAAUUGUGAUUAUUCAGAUAGUCAAACAGAAACCCACAGCCUUAUAUUAUGCCUACCUGCACCAUGUACCAGGCUAACUACUUCUAAGAAAUUCAAAAAAAGAAAAGAAAAUGAAAGAAAGGAAGGAAGGAAGGAAGGAAGGAAGAAAGAAAAAGAAACAUGUUUCUUCUAUAUUGACUUGAUUUCAUGUGUCAUAAGGUUUGGAUAUUAACUGCAGAAGUAUUUGAAAUACUGGGAGAUGGAGAAAAGUGAGUUUUUCUUACUUUGACAACUACUUCCUACUUCCAUUGAACCCUAAAAUAAGAGCUAAGAAAAGAGUCGAAAAUGUGACAAGAAUUUGUGAAAAGCUUUCCAUUGUAAUGUUCAGAGAAUUGCUAAUAGACAUAAAAAUAUAAACUGGAGCAAUUGUGAGUUUCUCCUCAAAUAUGAUAUCUUUAAGGACUUUCCAGCUGGAUAGUUUGAGAAGAAACAAACAUUCACUACACAUCAUUUCUCGGUGUUCUUAAGAAAAGUAUCUUAUAGACCUAGGGAUGUUGAAAGAUCACUUGGCAUACCAGUAUGGUCUCUUCCUGAGGCCACAUGAAACCAGUAUUUCAAGACUGACUGGACUGGAAAGAGAGAUCUGCUAAGAUGUCAAAAAGUGAUAUCAGGAAACUGAAUAUAGCACCAAACUCAGAGCAUCUCCAUUUCUUUCAUUUUAGAAAUGUAAACCUGAGACUUCUGAUGACCCUAGGCCUUAAAGUAUCAAAAAGAUCAUUUUCUAAAGGCAUGAUCAGUGCAUGCCAAAAUCAUUCCCUCCUGAAAAGCUGACACACAGCAAACCUCAGUGUCUUCCCAACUUGAGCUUCCAAGGAGGCCUAGACCUGGGCUAAGAGGAAAACAAACUAACAUUUAGGGAAGAGAGGGUAAGAAUAACAAGGGGUGAUGGGACAGGGUUCAGCUAACUUCAGUUGUCAGUAUCUUGGAGGGAAGUAGCAGAAAGGAUUCACCAGAAGAAUUACUGAGGCAUCUGAUGCACAGGAGAGGAAGGUGUCCAGGAAGUAAAAAGGAAGCAGCAGCCUUCGGUAUAGUUUUAAUAGCUUUGACUUCUAGGGCUGUCUAUAGCACAGAUGCUAAACUUGAGCUAGCCUCCAAGGAACAGGACAUGAAUGUCAGCUGACCGCCACUGGUAGAGCAGAAAGGGCAGCAGGCUAGAGGGAAGAGCAGCACAGUGCAUACUGUGGUAAAAACAGUCUCUAAAACGAGAACCGAGUGCUUAAAAGGAAAAGGUUGAUCUCUGAGACGGCCACAUUUCCCGAGUUCCUCAUUUGUACAUUUAAUUCUCACAAUAAUGUCCUCACAGAAUAUAAAUUCAUUUUAUUCUAAAGUCCACAGGAAUUUAUCCUGGGGUUAAAGUAUCUUUGUUUUUGGUGGGCCUCACGCAUGCUAAGGUGAAAGUUUAACCUGUGCUUCAUCUUUUUCUAAAAAAGGUAGAAAACAAGAGACACUGAGGAAAUAAUCAAGAAUGUCUGCUAGUGUAAAAGAACUGGCAUAUCUGAAAUGCUUCUCAUACCAACUCUUAUCUCAUUGUAAGAUUAAAAAAAAAGUACUCUGGCUGCAUUUUUGUUCUUCUUGGAGUAUGGUAUCCAGGCAACCUAUCUCUUCUGCUAUGUAAUUCAGACACUUCUCACUCCUGGAGUACCUGAGCCAGACAAGUUUACAGUGGAGGCUGCAGCUGUGCCCUCACUAGCAAUUUUCUCUUAUUAUUUUCUAUCUUUGAGCCUAAGUUUUCCUGCCUAUGUUUUGAAAGCAGGAAUCAAUUCCCUUUGUAUGAAAAGGAGUUUCCAAUUAUUUAAACAUGUUUUCAGAGACUAAUAUCAUUGAAUAUCAAAUUGUUUGGAAACCUAUUCACAAUGGAAAACAUCCAACACAGAACACAGAUUAUACUAAGAGCUGCAAACUUCUGAGACAUAAGGCGGUAAAGUCUCAGCAGUGACUGAACUCCUCUCUCUGAGUCAGGCACUGGGCCUCUGGGUUUAUGAUAAAAGUCAGAGCCUCUACCAUCUGAUGGGUUUGCAGAUUACAUAUUGACUGAUUUUCCAGGAAACAAACAGAAAAUGAUAAUGUAACUACAUAGCAGAAGAAAGCUAAGUUUGUAAAAGAAAAUGCAGAUGGAAUAAUGUGGAUGUUUAAAGAAUAGCCACUCCAAUAAAAUAUUAUAAACCAAACUUAGUUAUAAAACAAUGAAA